CUAAAUUGUAUAGGCAGCAAGAAUUUACACAAAAGCGAUGACGAGACCAACGUACAGUAUGUUCCGAUCCUCACCUCAAUUAUGAUUCUGCUUCCGCUCAAUUCUCUUGUCAGUUGAUGGUUUGUUUACAUGAACUUGGACCAAGAUCGUGAUGGGGGCAUUAUUGAGUUUAAACAAUACAAGGGCCAGAACAAACAAUCUCUAUGAGGUUUCCUCCAGUGAAGCAUGUAAGAGACAGAGGACUUCAUCAAGCUUUUGGGAGGAUAAUCCACGUUUGAUUCCGAGCCUUCCUGACGAGAUAUCAAUCCAGAUUCUAGCUAGACUUCCCAGAAUUUGCUACUUGGACAUGAAGUUGGUAUCAAGGAGCUGGAAAGCCGUGAUAACAAGUGCAGAACUUUACAAAUUGAGAAAAGAACUUGGAACAGCAGAACAGUGGCUGUACAUUUUGACCAAAUUUGAUGGUGAUAAGCUUGUAUGGUUUGCCUUAGACCCACAUUCUAAAAGGUGGCAAAAGUUACCAUUAAUGCCUAAUGUUGCUGCGGAAGAUGGAAGCAGAAGGGGCUUGUCUGCCCUCAAUGUGUGGCAUAUGGUUGGUUCGAGUAUUAAAAUUGCAGAUGCUGUAAGGGGUUGGCUUGGGAGAAGGCCUGCAUUGGAUCAAAUUCCAUUUUGUGGAUGUGCUGUUGCAGCUGUUGACGGCUGCCUCUAUGUGAUAGGCGGAUUUUCUAAGGCUUUGCCAAUGAAAUGUGUCAGGAAGUAUGAUCCAACCCUAAAUGUGUGGAGCGAAGUAAGUUCCAUGUCCGUGGGUAGGGCUUAUUGUAAAACAAGUGUAUUGAACAACAAACUUUUUGUUGUUGGAGGUGUUAGUAGGGGACGUGGUGGACUGACCCCUCUUCAAUCUGCAGAGGUGUUUGAUCCGCAAACUGGUGCUUGGUCUGAAGUUCCUAGCAUGCCAUUUUCAAAAGCUCAGGUGCUGCCAACAGCUUUUCUAGCAGAUUUGCUCAAGCCAAUCGCAACAGGGAUGACAUCAUACAAAGGAAAAUUAUAUGUUUCUCAAAGUUUAUACUGUUGGCCAUUUUUUGUUGAUGUUGGAGGAGAAGUUUAUGAUCCUGAUUCAAAUUCAUGGUUUGAAAUGCCAGUUGGUAUGGGAGAAGGUUGGCCUGCAAGGCAAGCUGGAACAAAAGUGAGUGUUAUUGUAGAAGAUGACUUGUAUGCACUGGAUCCUUCUACUUCUCUAGAUAGUGCUAGGAUCAAAACUUAUGAUUACGAAGGUGAUACUUGGAAAGUGGUUGAUGGAGAUGUACCCAUUCGUGACUUUGCUGAAUCCGAAUCACCAUAUCUACUUUCUGGUUUACUAGGGAAGCUCCAUGUGAUCACUAAAGAUGCCAAUCAAAACAUUCUGGUUAUGCAGGCUGAUAAACAAAAUCAUCUAGAGUCCUCUGCAUCAACUGCUGAUCUUAUACAGGGCUCGUUACAGGAAUCAGUUGUGCAAUCUGAAACAAAUAUAUGGACGGUUAUUGCCACCAAGAAUGCUAGUUCUGCAGAGCUAAUCAGCUGUCAGGUCCUUGAUAUGUAGGACCCAAGUACGGAAGAAUGCUUAGUUAUUUGUGUGUUUACUCCACUGUUAAUACGUAAACCUGAUUGGUCAGUUGAGCUGAUACUGACAUGUUUUGGUAAUGAUAAAUGUAAUAUGUGUGUAAAUCUGACCUAAUGAUCAUAAUUCAUGAAUGUAAUCCCACUGUCACAUGUUUGUGUUAGAAAUGUAUUUCAUACUAGUUUUGUUAUA